AUGAAACAAAUCAUCACCAACCCAUUUUCUGUCUUUCAUGGUACAGUUCAAGAGGUGGUUGGCUAUUUUAGUACUUUGGCUGCGGAAUGUGCAGUUGUCAUUGAAGAACACAGAGGGCACAGAUUGGUCUACGAGUUCCUCAACUACACUAUCACUGUAUUUAGCCUCUCUCUACCGCUGAAACACUCCUCUCUUAUCCGCUCAGCUAACCAUCCAUUCACCAGCAUCUCAGGAACCAGCACAGCUACCAUGGAAAACGUGGCAAUAUUUGACUCACCUGGAAAGGGAAGGGGUCUGAAGGCGACCAAGGAGUUUUGGGCUGGAGAUGUAAUUUUUUCUGAGCCCAGUCUUUCAGCUGUUGUGUUUGACAGUCUGGCAGAGCGUAUUUGCCACAGCUGUUUCCGCAGACAAGACAAGCUCCAAAGGUGUGGCCAGUGCAAAUUUGCCCAUUAUUGUGACCGAACCUGCCAGCGUGCCGGCUGGGCCGAACAUAAGCAAGAAUGUAGUGCCAUCAAAGCUUAUGGCAAAGUACCAAAUGAGAACAUCCGUUUGGUGGCCCGCAUCAUGUGGCGGCUUGACAAAGAGGGGAGUGUGGUGUCUGACAUGCAGCUGACUACACUGGAGGAGCUGGAGGACCACAUUGAUGACAUGCAAGAGGAUGAGAUGAAGGAGUUCAAAGUGGACAUCCACAAUUUCCUGGACUUCUGGCCCCGAAACAGCAAGCAACACACAAUCGACGUCAUCUCGCAUAUUUUUGGAGUGAUCAACUGCAAUGGCUUCACUGUGAGUGACCAGAGGGGUCUGCAGGCAGUAGGAGUCGGACUUUUCCCAAAUUUGUGUCUUGUGAAUCACGACUGCUGGCCAAACUGCACUGUAAUCCUCAACCACGGCAAUCAAUCGGCUGUGAAUACUAUGUUUCAUUCUCAACGGAGGAUUGAGCUGCGCUCUUUGGGUAAGAUCGCAGAGGGAGAGGAGCUGACAGUCGCAUACGUGGACUAUUUGAAUUUGUCAGAGGAGAGACGAAGAUUACUGAAAACACAGUAUUUCUUUGACUGCACGUGUGAGCACUGCAAGAACCACAUGAAGGACGACUUGAAGAUGGGGGGGCGGGAAGUGGACGGAGUGAAGCCUUCAGAGGAACAGGUGAAAGAGGCAACAGAUUAUAGCUUUGAAAUGCUGGAGAAGAUGGACAAGGCUCGAUUAAACGGUGACUACCAUGAGGUGGUAAAAAUCUGCAGGGAGUGCAUAGAGAAAACAGAGCCAGUUUUGGCUGACACUCACAUCUACCUGCUGAGGAUGUGGAGCACGUUAAGUGAGGUGCAAGCUUACCUGCAGUACUUUGAUGAUGCUGCUGAGUACGCCCGCAAAAUGGUGGAAGGAUACAUGAAGCUGUAUCACCCAAACAACGCUGCUCUUGGUAUGGCUGCCAUGAGAGCCGGAGUGACCCACUGGCAGGCUGGGCAGAUAGAGGUUGGACACGGAAUGAUCUGCAAGGCCUACGCCAUUCUCAUGGUCACUCACGGCCCAACACAUCCCAUCACCAAGGACCUGGAUGCAAUGCGGAUGCAGACGGAGAUGGAGCUAAGGAUGUUCAAGCAGAACGAGUAUGUUUACCAUAGUAUGAGAGAGGCAGCUCUGAAGAACAAACCAAUGACCAUGAUGCAUGAACCCAAGUCUGUGGAGGAGGGGAUCAAGAAUCUCUUCCACCGGAGAAAGUAAUCAUUGGACUGCAGUCAAGAAAACCCUCCUAUUGUUUACUGUAAACAGCUUUCUGAGUGUUGGUGUGACAGUCUACAUGAUCGUUUUCUGGAUCACUCUUUUGUAGUUACACUUUUCAUUAAAAAGAUGCCACGUCAAACUUGUUCUUUUUGUUU